UUUCCUCUUUGAGAGGCCCCUGAGAGCAGAGAUGUGCUGGCUCGGCUGCUGCCUGAUGGAAAUGAGGGCCUACACACCACAGAGAGAGCUUAUUGGGACAGUUCACCAAAGGUAGAGAUCAACGGCAAACCAGAUCUCACUCUCAUGCAGUAUUACAUUACAUACAAUAUUAAUCCACACUGCAAGAAUAAGACACUUAAAGACAAGAAAAAGCCAUGUGAUUGACAUUUAAAACAAUUAGCGGUGAGAUUUAGAUGCAAACAUCUUAGUGUUAUAAUAAAAUAUCAGCCUGCGUUUCAGAUCCAGUGUUAUUUUAGUAUCACUGAGAUACUAUAUGGUUUUAAUUUGAUUGGUUUUCAUUAUUGGAUUUAGUUUUAGUUAACUACUGUAUCAUUGCUCUGGUCCAAUCAAAUUAAAUCUAACUCUUGUAUAAUGGUGAUGUAAUCUCCUAUACUGUAAACCUAUUAUGCAGACAGAGCCAUCCACAUCAUGUUUCAUCAUGAUGCCAACUAUUCUGUCAGAUAAGGUCAUCAUUGUGUUUCUACUAACUGCACCCAACAAAAACCCUCCAGUAACCUCUCUCAGACUGAAUAGGGAGAGAUGUGGUGAACGUUCUGAGAUGAAACCAUCAACAUGACCUCCUUCUCAGGACAGCCAUGAACAAAGACCAUGCCGUGUUUGUUUGUUGUCACACACCGAGCCUUUCAGCAUCAGGUCAUAUCGAGCUAAAAUAAUAUCAGUCGCACACAAAUGAACAAUCACUAGAUUCAGAAAAAAAACUCUUCUUAUCCGGUCUUCUAAAACCAAAUCCACUGCUUUAAGACUGUUAUAAGCCUUGAGGUGUUUUAUCAGGUGGAGCAUGUUCACGCCGUAUUUCGAGGUCUGUGACUCCGAGGGCAUCUCAGCCGUGAGGAUCCAGGGCUCCUGUUGCAAUACACGCUGCCUCUCUGAGCAGGAGCUGAAGGUGGUUUCCAGUAUUGGUGAGAAUAUCGGGUGCAUAUGGAAAAGGUGGCCUGGAUAUAAUGAGGAAUGUAACAUGGACCAUGAAUAUUUUGGACUGGAUGUACCUCAAGGAAUGAAUUUGAACACCAAAGUGCUGUUAAUAGCUGCUGCCUUCCUGCUGAAUCAUAUGUUUUUUGAGAUGAGCUAAGAAGGACAUGAAAGACAUCAGCUCAGAAGUGAAGUGUGAACCCAACAAUAUAGAACUCUGGUGACAAGAUGGAACACUGCAUCAUGUUUCUAUGACAACUACAAGGAACCGGCAUUGGUGAUGCUCUUCUGAGAUAACUAAAUUUGAGCUGUUGUGAAGAUCAUGACUCUUCAUACAAAGCCACUCUACACCUGAACAUUUGCACACUAAAUUGAAGUACAUAUUAAACCUAUACAGCUUUUUCAUAUUUGAUACACAAAUUAAGCCACUAAACAAUUAACACAGUCAAAGCCUGUGAUACACAAACUACUACAUGCCUUCUCUCAUUUAAUCUACAGUAUAGGUCAGACUUUUUUUAGCAAGUGAAAGGCCUAUCUAUCUAUCUAUCUAGGAAAGAGUACUUGUCCUCAAUUGCAUCAUUUGUUUGUAAAAAACUAUGGAGCUUUGAUCAUAAAACUAAGAAUUAUUAAUAUACUGUGAGAUAAAGGGUGAAAGCUUAUAUGUAAAUGCAGUAGUCUUUAAGUAGUCUUCUAGAGUUUCAUCUUACUUUUUGGCCUUUGAAUAAAAUGUAGGUGUUUUUUCCUUUCAAAUCUAAGUUCCUAAAUAUGAGCUUUCAUAUGAGCCAUAAAUGUAAGGGUUACAGGGUUAAAUGUUCAAUGCACGCUUUUGUAAUGAAAAAUAUAUAAUAUUACAAUAUGUCACAAACCUGUAUUAUUUUCGCAUAUAAUAAAGAUUCUUGAAAUGU